CCUCCACACACACACUCACUCAUCAUAUCUCCCUGAUCACAAACGAUCAUACAUAAUGCCUGAGGCACCAAAAGAAACCGAUCCCAACCUCGUGGCUGAGACCAACAAGAAGAAGCUGGAGUUCAUCGAGGAAAUCACCUCCAACCCCGACCACAUCCAGCAACAAGUCCUCUCCGAAAUCCUCUCCCGAAAUGCCCACGUUGAGUAUCUCACUAGGCACGGCCUCAACGGCCACACCGAUCGCGAAACUUUCAAGAAAACCAUGCCUGUCAUCUCCUACGAGGACAUUCUCCCUGACAUCAACCGCAUCGCCCUCGGUGACACCUCCCCCAUCCUCUGCUCCCAUCCCAUCUCCGAGUUCCUCACUAGUUCUGGAACAUCUGCGGGAGAGAGGAAAAUGAUGCCAACAAUCGAGGAGGAGCUGGGGAGGAGAUCGCUGCUGUACAGCCUCCUGAUGCCGGUGAUGAGCCAGUUCGUCCCGGGGCUAGACAAGGGGAAAGGGAUGUAUUUCCUCUUCAUAAAAUCGGAGACCAAGACCCCGGGAGGCCUCCCCGCCCGCCCCGUUCUCACCAGCUACUACAAAAGCUCCCAUUUCAAGGAGAGGCCUUACGACCCCUACACCAACUACACCAGCCCCAACGAGGCCAUCCUCUGCCCCGACUCCUACCAGAGCAUGUACUCCCAGAUCCUCUGCGGCCUCUGCCUCCGCACCGACGUCCUCCGCGUGGGCGCCGUCUUCGCCUCCGGCUUCAUCCGCGCCAUCCGCUUCCUGGAGAAGCACUGGUCCCUCCUCUGCCACGACAUCCGCACGGGGACCCUCAACCCCCUCAUCACGGACGAGUCAGUGAGGGAGGCCGUGAUGCGGAUCCUGCAGCCCGACCCGGAGAAGGCGGAAUUCGUGGAGUCGGAGUGCGGGAAGGGGUCGUGGCAGGGGAUCAUCACCCGCCUCUGGCCCAACACCAAGUACGUGGACGUUAUCGUGACUGGGACCAUGUCACAGUACAUCCCAACUCUGGAUUACUACAGCAAUUCACUCCCCCUUGUGUGCACAAUGUAUGCCUCUUCCGAGUGCUACUUUGGUGUCAACCUCAACCCCCUCUGCAGCCCCAGCGAUGUCUCCUACACUCUCAUCCCCACCAUGGCCUACUUCGAGUUCCUUCCGCUUCACUCAAAUGACGACCACGAGCUCGUAGAUUUAGCCAAUGUGAAGCAGGGCCAAGACUACGAGCUCGUGGUCACCACCUACGCCGGGCUGUGCCGCUACAGAGUGGGCGACGUGCUCCGCGUGGCCGGCUUCAAAAACAAGUCCCCGCACUUCAACUUCAUAUGCAGGAAGAACGUGGUGCUGAGCAUAGACUCGGAUAAGACGGACGAGGUGGAGCUGCAGGCCGCGGUCCGGGCCGCGGUCACCCAUCUCGAGCCGUUCGGGGCGUCUUUAACCGAGUACACGAGCUACGCCGACACCAGCGGCAUCCCUGGCCACUACGUCUUGUAUUGGGAGCUCAGCCACAACAGCGCCAUCCCGCCAUCGGUGUUCGAGGACUGCUGCCUCACAAUGGAGGAGUCGCUGAGCUCGGUGUACAGGCAGAACCGAGCGUACGAGGCGAUCGGGCCGCUCGAGAUCAGGAUCGUGGAGGGAGGGACGUUCGACAAGCUCAUGGACUACGCGAUCAGCCUCGGCGCAUCCAUCAAUCAGUACAAGACGCCGCGCUGCGUCAAGUUCGCGCCCAUUGUGGACCUCCUCAACUCCAGGCUCGCAUCCUCCUUCUUCAGCCCAAAGUGCCCCAAAUAUGCUGCCGUUUAAUGAAUGUUAUGCUAUUUCCUAGGUUCACCACUCAUCUUUAAUUAUGUUCACUACCCCUGUAAAAAUGAUUAACACUUCCUUUUUUCGCA